AUGGCUCGUUCGCGGGUGAUCUCGUUCAUGUCUUCCUUGGGUCCGUCCCGCAGCAGUAACCAGGCCAAUAGUCGCAAGCGCGAUUCCUCUGCUUCGUUUACUUUAGAGUCACCAUCGCUAUCAGCUGCGAGCACCACUUCGCCAGAUGCCCCGUCGCCGGUGGCCGAAGGUUCGUCGACAGGACCACUAUCCAGAGCAGAGCGCCGUGCCUCUCGCCCGUCUUCAGCCGUCUUCUCGCACAAGCCCCCGCAAUUGGACGUUUCGGGGGAUACGCCUGCUGAAAUCCAGCCGAUCUUCGCUCUUUUAAACAGCCACGCCAACAAAAUAUACUACGAAGGUUAUUUCCUCAAGCUGAAUGAUUUGGAUACCCAUGGCCGGCCUUGUCCCGACAGACAGUGGGUGGAAUGUUAUGCGCAACUGAUUGGAACUGUUCUUUCGCUAUGGAACGCCGCUGCGCUGGAUGCAGCGCGAGAUGGACAAGAGGUUCCUCCGACGUUCAUCAACCUGGCUGAUGCCUCGAUCAAGAUGAUCGAGACCCUGCCCAUUAAAAAUCAACAAUCGCAGCCCUUGAAAAACGUACUGAGCCUGUGUUCCGCAGGUCAAAACCGAUAUCUUCUGCAUUUCAACUCGUUCAAUUCGUUAGUCCAAUGGGCCUCUGCAAUCCGGUUGGCAAUGUUCGAGCAUACCUCUCUCUACGAGGCGUAUACCGGUUCCAUCUUUGCAGGAAAAGGAAAAACACUCGCCAAUGCCAAUGCCAUCUUGCAACAGACGCGAUUCAAGCACGAAGACUGGGCUCGCGUGCGGUUUGGUGCUGGUACACCAUGGCGGCGUUGCUGGUUCGUCGUGUCACCACCAGACGAGAAAGAGAUACAAAAGGCACGCAAGACAAUGAAGAGACGAUCCGCCUAUGAUCGCUCGCCUCCUACGGUUAAAGGGAACAUUAAGUUCUAUGAGACCAAAAAGACCAAGAAGCAAAAGCCGAUUGCCACCGUCACCAAUGCCUACGCUGCCUAUGCUAUUUAUCCCGAGUCUAUCCAAUUGAUUGAGCAGUCCACGUUGGUCAAGAUUGAAGGGCAGAUUACAAUCCAUGCAUCGUCCGAAGCGAGCACGGAAGGGUUUGUUUUUGUUAUGCCCGAAACGCAUCCGGCGGUGUCUGGCUUCGAGACGAUGCUUCGCUUCCUUAUUCCCACGUUCGACACUUUCAAUCUCUACGGGCGGCCCAACCGUAUUAUAGCGGUCACAAAUCACAUCAAAAGUAUCAUGUUUGCUUUCCCCAGAAACCGUCGGCAUGGUUACCUGGACAGCCUGGACAUUGCAAAUCUGAUGCAGACCCCGGGUUGCCUGAACUGGGGUGAAGCGGAAUGGAGGCAGCAGCUUAAAGAGGCGACUGCUCGUCGCAUGGCCGCUGGCGGCGGUGGCAGCAGAAGCAGCAGUAUCUCAAGCGAAAAACCGCGCUUUAGGGCUACCUUACCCAAUCGACAGAGCACUAUGCCCGUUGGUGGAACCCGCAUGUUUUCUCCUCCUUCACAUUUCCAACCAGCCUUAAACCAGUCCGUGGAUAACAUCAUUCCCGAGGGAUCACGAGAAGAGCCUGAAUCCCCAAGCAACCAUUCCCGGGCCCAGUCAGACACCGUUGGACUGUAUGGUCACCUCGAACGGCCUCCGCGACUCCGCACAGAUAUGUCUCCAGCAUCAUCUGUUUACCAUCUUGCAGAAGAUGGCAGUGAACGGCCCGAGUCCAGCAACAAUACCCGGAGUAUCUCGGACAACGGACAGCAAGUUGAUCCCCAAGCUGCAGCAGUUCGGGAUGACCUCGUGUCUCCGUCCCCACCGGCACCUGUGUCGAGCCCUCCUGCGUUUACGCAUGGACCGAACCACACGCCUUCAGUUCGGCCACGCCCGUCUGUUGAUGCGAGAAAGGCCAGCCACCGCAUGUCCAAAGCCACUUUUGCGCAGAUGGCUGCUGCUAGUGGUGCCGGUUUAGCAGCCGGAAGGUCCACGACCAAGAGCACCGAGGACAUGCGCCAACAAAAUAUGCCCGUCAAUAAUCCCUAUGCUUCUGAACCUCGCGGUCUGGGUGUGUCUGAUGUGAACUGGCGUGCCUCGAGCGAGGUGAUCGCAGCUCCAAAAUUCGUUGCGGCAUCAUCACCAAGCGCUAACCGUUCACCGGGUAGCACGCCAUCGUCUGAACAAUCAUCUGCGCCAUCGUCAAUCAAAAACCGUCUGAGCUUGGACACCACCAAAGCAAUUAAACGGAAACCCGUGGGUCAAUCGCAGAGAGCGCAGUUUGGAGUCACCAGUCCGGUGGCUAGUACCGUGGGCGAGCCCAGUUAUGAUGAUCUAAGACACACUGUCGACGAGGAUGCACUGAACCAGGUCGGAUUACUCCAUGACCCCACGCCAUCCCCCGCAAAGGAUAGCAAUCAGGAUGAAGAAAGUGUCUACGACACUGUAUAUGAUGAUGCGUCAACGGUUUCUCCAGACUACGCCAGUACCCAUGGGUCUGUUUACAGCAAGGCCUCAUCUGUCCGACGCCCUCGGAUGGGUGUGAAGAAGACAGUGGGAGGUGGCGAGCCGGAGAGAAACGUGGUUAUUGGUGACGCCCAAUACACUGUCGACCAACAACCAUCCCAGUCCAACCCAGAUAUCCCACACGUGGACUUUGGGCCUACCAUGACCUAUCUCCCUACGACUGGUCGCCCGAGCACAGCAGACACAUUAAAACAGUCUGGACACGAGCGUGGCGGCUCCGACUCUACGGAGAGAGGACGAAUCAAUGUGCCAACACAUUCCGUGGAUCUCUCCCAUUCGAGAAAUUCGAGUCGCGACGAACGUCGUCGAAGCGUCCCCUGGCAGCCUGGGAUGCCAAAUGGACGCCCUACCACCCCAGGCUCGAGCAGCACUCUUGCGUACGGACACGUUCCCACUUCUCCAGUGCAUCCACGUCCCCAGAAACCCCCUGUGUCACCCAACUGGAUGGCUCACUCCACCUCUAACAUGCAUCUGGUUCAGAACCAGCACCGGCCCCGUUCCCGCGGCGCUGGUGCCAUGAUGCCUCAGAAUAUUUCUCCCAACCUGUCCGCUCGCGAACAGGAGCACGUCGCACGCAUGACCGGAUCAGCCUUCUUCAACAUGUCCUCAUCUCGCCGACAACAACCACAAGCUGGUCCCAGAGGCCUCGUCGCAGAGAUUGAUGCUCGCGAGCGUCAGAAGAGGGGUCUGAAGGAGGGCAUGUCGAACCACAUGGUCCAGCAUGCCAUUGCCCAACGCCAACAGCACAUGCAGUACCAACCGCAGCAUGCUUCGUACUACGGAGGUGACGCUUACAGUAGCUACAACCUUCCGGCAGCUGGACAUAGCCUUGGAGCGCUUAACCAGACGUACCGUGCUGAUGAACCACGUCGGCAGACUUGGUACGGAAACGGGAUGCAGCAGGCUGCGCCGGUUUACUACAGCCAAGGUCCUGGGCAAUACACCAAUAUGCAUUAA